GUGCCUUGUCGUGGCUUCUGAAUUCGUGGCAAAGACUAGCGGCGGCCCAAUCUCUAGGGUUUUUUUGUAGCUUUUGUUUCCCUCGUUCCUCUCGUGGAGUCGCCGUCUAGGGUUUCCGCUUCCUCCCCCAUCCACUCCCUCACCGCCAUGGACUUUGACGAGUACGACUACUUGGAGAAGGCAGUCGAGCCCUCCGUUCCCUCAACCAACGGCGGGGGUGAGAAGGACCGCAGUUCUCGCCGCCGCUCCUCCACCGCCGGCGGCGGCGGUCGAGACCAAGAGGAGCGCGGAUCGAAGCGUCCUCGCUCGGGAGAAGACCGCGAGCGGCACCGCAGCGGCCGUGAGCACCGCGACCGGGAAGACGGGAAGGAGAAGGUCGACCGGGAGAAGGCUAGGGAGAAGGACGAGGGCCGCGACCGCGAGAAGGUUAGGAAGAAGGACGGGGGCCGCAGCCGCGAGAAGGUUAGGGAGAAGGAUGAGAGCCGCGACCCUGAGAAGGUUAGGGAGAAGGAAGAGGGCCGGGACCGAGAGAAAGUUAGGGAGAAGGAUGGCAGCCGCGACCGUGAGAAGGUUAGGGAAAAGGAGCGGGAGGGCAGGGAUAAGCUAAUGGAGAGGGAUAAUGGGAGGGAGCGGAGGAGCCGUAGCCGCUCAGAGCGCCGCCGCGGGGAGGAGGAGGAGAUGGUGAGGGAGCUCCAGCGGGAGCGUGAACGCAGCGACCGCCACCGUGACUACAGAGACCGUGAUUUCAGGCGUAAGAAAGAUGAUGGUACAGAACCAGAAGUUGAUCCAGAAAGAGAUCAAAGGACUGUAUUUGCCUUCCAGCUAUCGUUGAAGGCAGAUGAAAGGGAUGUCUAUGAGUUCUUCUCAAGAGCAGGGAAGGUUCGUGAUGUCCGCCUUAUCAUGGACCGAAACUCGCGGCGUUCCAAAGGAGUUGGGUACAUUGAGUUCUAUGAUGUCAUGUCUGUUCCAAUGGCAAUUGCUCUAACCGGUCAGCCGCUUCUAGGGCAAGCAGUAAUGGUUAAGCCAUCAGAGGCAGAAAAGAACUUAGCUCAGUCAAAUGCGACAUCUGGUGGAGCAGCUUCAGGUGGAGCAAGAAAGCUGUAUGUUGGCAACCUUCAUUCCAAUAUCACCGAGGACCAAUUGAGACAGGCUCACCCUACUUUACAGAAGCUGGACAGGAUUCUUAUGUCCUGUGAUUGGGUCUUUGAACCAUUUGGGCAAGUUGAGCUUGUCCAGUUGCCUGUAGAUCCACUCACUGGGCUAUGCAAAGGUUUUGGUUUCAUUCAGUUUGCACGGCUUGAAGAUGCAAAAGCUGCUCAGAGUUUAAAUGGCCAACUUGAUAUUGCUGGGAGAGUAAUAAAGGUCUCAGCUGUUACUGAUCAGGGUGGUGUGCAACUUGGCACAACUACUGGAGAUUUAGAUGAUGAUGAAGGUGGAGGCUUGGCAUUAAAUGCAAGCUCUAGAGCCCUUCUGAUGCGGAAAUUGGACCGCAGUGGCACUGCAACCAGCUUAACUGGUGGCAUUGGUGCUCCUGGAUUGAACACUUCUGUUGGAUUGCCUGCUGCUGCAUCAGUGCUUGGUGCUCCUCUUACAGCUGCUUCUCUUCUUGUACAGCCUGUUGGAGCAAUUCCAGGGGCACCUCUUCCUAUCAUCUCUCAGUCUGCUGAUAUUGGUACACCUACUGAAUUCCUAUUGCUGAAGAACAUGUUCGACCCAGCAGUGGAGACGGAUCCUGAUUUUGAUUUGGAUAUUAGAGAUGAUGUGCAAGACGAAUGUUCGAAGUUUGGUGUAGUGAAGCAUAUUUUUGUUGACAAGCAUACCGCGGGCUUUGUGUACCUGCAUUUUGAUAGCGCAACAGCAGCAGCAAGUGCGCAACGAUCACUUCACGGCCGAUGGUUUGCUGGAAAGAUGAUUACGGCAACCUUUAUGACAGCACAGCAGUAUGAAAUGAAGUUCCCAGACCGCGCAGCUAUGGAAUGAAAUUCACAAAGCAGACGAGUUAUAUCUGGUGAUGGACCUAGGGCUGUUAAACGGUUCCAAUUGAAGUUGUGAAGUCUUGAGUGUAGUAACCCUGUUAGUUAUUGUUUCUUGUAACAUUAUGAAGAUUAGAGGCCUGUUUGGGCAGUUGCAUCUUUUGUGAUAAUUGGAGAUUUCUUCA